UCCAACUGCAGCAGGGCUCCGGCUACAGCCAACUCUGCUACGUCCGCUACAAGCAGUACAAACUGUUUCGAGCUGCGUUGCUCAUUCGACGUUCUCGCAGGAUCCUGAGAAAACGCCGGCUGUGCGACCGUCUAGUCACGUGCGGCAACGUUGCCGGAAGAAUACUGCUUUAUUGUUUUUUUCUCUUCUUGGAAUUUUCUUCUUUACGUACGGGCAGGAGACUGCUUUUUGUUUGUUUCGGUUGGCGUUGUGACGUCGAUUCUGUGCGAGUGAUGCCGGCUAUGUGGUCGAACAAAGACUUUAUUAUUCGUGGUUCAUACAAUUUAUGAAAGACUAUAUAGUUUGUUUGGGUGAAUUUGAGUGUAUUGCCGCUAAAGACCUUCAGAUUGCAGUUUAACUACAUUUGGGGCUCAAAUCCGCAGGAAAUAUCCAGUGUUUUGACGGUGGCACAACGCAGCUCUCGAAGUUUAUUGGGCAACGUCUGAACACAAAAAUGGCUGUAACACUUUACCCAAACAUGAAACUUGAAUGCGCAACUAUGGUCGAACCGAAUGGUUUGCAGGAGAAUCACCACCCUGACUACUUGGUGACCCUAAACGGAGGGUCUCAUUCGGGUUCAAGUGGAAGGAGCACCCCUAGUGGCCAAAAUGGAGGAUCUGGAGACCCAGCCCCUGGCAAGCUGUUUGUCGGGGGACUUAGUUGGCAGACAUCCAGUGACAAAUUAAAAGAGUACUUUGGAAUGUUUGGAAAUGUUACCGAUGUACUGAUCAUGAAGGAUCCAGUCACUCAGAGAAGUCGCGGCUUUGGAUUUAUCACCUUCUCAGAACCAUCAAGUGUUGACAAGGUACUCAAGGUACCGAUUCACACUUUGGAUGGUAAGAAAAUUGAUCCAAAGCACGCUACACCCAAGAAUCGGCCGAAACAGCCCAGCAAAACCAAAAAGAUAUUCGUUGGGGGAGUUAGCCAAGAUACGUCAGCGGAUGAGGUCAAAGCUUACUUCAACCAAUUUGGAAAAGUGGAAGAAACUGUUAUGUUAAUGGACCAACAGACAAAGCGUCACAGAGGAUUUGGAUUCGUCACGUUCGAAAAUGAAGAUGUUGUGGACAGAGUUUGCGAAAUACAUUUCCACACUAUUAAAAAUAAAAAGGUCGAAUGCAAAAAAGCUCAACCAAAAGAGGCGGUACAAGCUAGUGCUCAACUGAUGGGAAAACGCCUCAUGCUCAGUGGCCUGGGAGUUCGUUUACCAGCGCCUGUAGCAGCGGUCAAUCCACUCGCAUCUGUCCAACCGCUGUCUCAUGUGCAAGCUGCCGCAGCCGCUGCGGCUGCCGUAGCAGCUCAAGCGCAAAACGCAGCCGUUGCCAGUUAUGGAAAAUUGAUCUACCCCCAGUUAGCUGCUUAUAGGUACUCCCCCUACACAAUACCAGGUAUGAGUGCCGUUCACUCAGCUGCAGCAGCGGCUGCAGCUAGUUCGGCGAAUGCAUCGGGAGGAGCACCCGGACCAGCACCUGGCGGUCCUGGCGCUGCUGGUAUGGCAGCUCAAAUGCCACCCAGUCAUUUCCAAGGAUACAAUCUGACAAAUAUAGAUAUGGCAAGUCUCCAGGGAAUCGAUUGGGGAGCGAUGUAUGGAAUGGGCAUGUAUGUUUAAGACUUUGAGGUUUUCUCAUUUCCUAUUAGUAACUGUUAUACGGAAAAGAAAUGAACUAUGGACGGGUUGUGUGUUCUAUUUAAGUGUUCCUAUAGUAUUGGACAUGUCAUUUUUGCAUUAAUGUUCUGAUUGAGGAAACAACCACCUCGAAAUUUGUCAAUGGCGGCAAACUGUGCCUACUUUUAGUAGUUAAGGAUUUUAAGGUCGACUAGCGACCACUUAACCCUCUAUUCUUAAGCAAAAUAAACGAGGAAUCUCAUUUGCGAAAUUGCUGUGAGCAGUUGAAAACUCAUUGUUAUUGCCGUUUGGCCCGCUCAUCUGGCAUUAAGCAAUAACUCGCAAUAAUCAGUAUUACUUUAAAAGCUACUUUUUUUCUACUUGAAAAUAUGAAUUCCUUUUAAUGGCAAUAAUAAUUUACAUGGUUCAUAAAUGAGGUUGUGGAUCACGGUAGGUACUUAAACCCCGUUGCAUACUUAAAUGACUGAAAUAUUGCAGUACUGUUAUGAUAACUAUAUCAUACUUUUAAAUGAUAUUAAACGUAAUUGUCGAACGAUCUCACUCAUAUUGUUUAGGUUGUAUUAGGGUAUCCUCUUUUACUUUAAUUAAUUAUAUUAUUCUUCAUUUUCCUAAAUUUUCGUUCUGGCAGUAUUCCAUUAAAAUAUUUCAUAUGCAAUAAAUUUUAAUCUCAAUUACACUAAGGACAAAUAAAUGUGGUUGUAAUAUAAGAAUAAGCAGCUAGUUGCAUUCCAUAAAAGAUAUUAAUAAUUACAAGUAAUUAUAUAAGUACUUUCGGGCAUGAGGCGCGAGUUACUCGAACUAGUGAUUAACAGCGGCUUUUUUUCUUAGUAAAAACAAACAUAUUGUUUAGUUUCACAGACUUUUCCUAGCAUCAAUAAGCAGUCGCCAAAGACUUGCCUAAAAACUACCGCAGGCUCCCUACAUAUAGGACGCUCUAUUUACAUACAGUUUAUUUUUGUGUACUUUUAAUCCAUUGAUAAUUCACAAUUUUUUUUUGAUAAAAUUAUUUUCUUUUUAAACGAAAUCGGUGGCAAAAGUUCUUAAAAUAUUGCAUGAAAUAUCUUGUUUAUUGCUCGAAAAUUGAGAAACCAAAUAUAACCUUGCUAUAAAAUAUAAAUAAUUUUUAUUAAAUGAAAAGUAAUCAAUAAAGUUUAUAUAUGCCGUUGCGUGGCACAAUUUACAUAGUGGUAAUGCCGUAAAAUGCUAUUUAAUAUAUUUUUUUUAACAUAAACACGAUUGGGAUAGUUUUGGUAUCCUAGAAGCGAUAGGGUUUGCGUGAAGAAAAAAAUUAAAUACGUUUGAUCAACAAACAAGUGGGCCACAGAGCUUAUACUGUCUGCGAGUAGUAUACAUUACCUCUAAAAUUACAUGCGUACUUUUUGGCGAUCAUUUUACCUAGUAUUUCGUAGUUAGUUUUUUCUGUAUAUUGUUCGUUAGAGUGUAAUAGAUAUAUGUUUCUCUAUUACUAUUAUAGAAACGUAUAUCUAUUACACGAUAAUUGGACUUAUACCCAAGCGUUAUUACAAGGAAAACUGUUUAGGGAGCCUGCUUAACUUCAAUGUUUCAUCUCAACUAUGUCUUCUUAUUUUGCAACUCGAUCUGCUCAAGAGAUAUUCGUAAUUGUUAAAAGUAGUAUUAUUAGAUAUAACAUUAGCAACAGUUAUAGCUCAAUAUUUCAUGCAUAGUUUCAUUGACAUGUUGUUGUCGAUAUUUGUGAUUUGCGGACCAACCGUCACGAGCUACAACUCGGCAGUUGUAGCGCAUGCAAACUAAGAGCAAUUGGGAACCGGUAUCAACUGGGAUAUUUUAAAAUAAAUAGUGGACAUUACAUAUGUACGUUUUACUGGAAUUGUCAUUGCCCAUAGACUGUUUAGCUCCUAAUAGUUAUUCUAUUUUUAGAGACCGAUUUCAAAUAUUGACUUCUCAUUGAGAGAUCGAUAUCUCAAAUACUCAGAGUAACUGUUGAUCAGCGAUUGACUAAGCCUUGUGAUAGUUAUUAGGCGGUCAUAGGUCGUUUUAUCUGAACCAAAAGGGGAAAGUGAAAAUACAUGAAGAAACACAAUCCCUUUUUUUGUAAGAGCCAUUUUCAACUUUCUCUUCCUUCAGUUAGUUGAAAUUAUUGAAUUGGUUGUUCCAGGUCGUAUUGUGAUUCAUCUAUGUUUUAUUUUUCCUAAGCGAAAGAAAGAGUUGAGGUCAGAGUGCCAAAUAUUUAUUACAAUAGUGUUACUUCAUAAUCGAAUAACUUCGAUGGAACAUAAUAUGGCCAAUUACACUCACAAGUAUAUUUGUAAAGUAUUGGUCAUUGUGUGCUGAUGGAGUUAAAAAGCAAUAAAAAAUGUUUUGAAGGCAAAAUGAACCCUCUAUUUUUGUAACGAUUAUUAAUUAUGAUACAUAAACGCUUUUCUUUCAGGCAAAAGAGGGUGUUUCCAACAAUUGAAAUUAGAGUUUGAGAAAAUGACGGUAUCCUAGGUACUCAUAUUACCCCCCUAAUGACUAACUUGUUACUUAGUUUGACCUAAUGUUUAGCUGUUUGGCAUAUAAUAUCUUAAAUAUUAUUGUAGUAUUACAAGUAUUGUGUAAGGAUUUAUAGUUAUUAGUUCUUAGAGUAGUAUGUAUUUCCAUGUGUAGUGUAGCGCGUCUUUGAUGUCGCAAAUGCACUUGUAGUUGAGCAGUUUCGAAUAAAGUAGUUUCAUAAAGUA